AUGACCAAAGACUCCUCACACACCUACAUCCACCUGCAUCGCAGCCACCAUGCCGAUCUUCUAGAGGAUUUCAAUCGUACUCAUCUGCCUCACGAAGAAAUCUACGUACCACCUCAGCACCAGCCAUUGAACCCUGACGACGAAGACGACGUUGUCCCUGAACAACACGCUGCCUUUGGAAUUCAGAGAGCCACCCAGCGUCAGCAAGAACCUGCUUGGCGUGAUCUUGGUCUGGACAGGAUCUUGAACGAAGGCCCACCAAAGACUCAACGCCAGAAUGAGCAGCUAUCAAAAUGCACCGUCAUACUGAAUACAGCCACCGGCUCAGAGAGACAGAAGAUCCUUGAAGCACAGACAAUCAUCAGCGAGGAAAAGAAGUCUGCUGUCGAGGAGACGAAGUCUGACAAUGAUGAGAUUGAGAGCCAGAGAAAGGAAGAAGAGUUCUUCCCAGUCCAGGAGAAGGCAGAGACGAAGAGAGACUUGUAUGAAGACGCCGCCAGUCAUGCAGACUUUGGAAAAAGAGGUGUUGAUUGA